CGCCUCCUCCUUCUCCCGGUGUGUGAGGCAGGACCGCGUCCGCCGGUCGCCGCGCCCCCUCAGCGCUGGAGCUAGGGUGCGGUGCGGACGUGAAGCCAGGAAUGUGAAGAAAAGCAGAAUGGAUCCAGUUAUGGGUGUGAAUUCUAUCACCAUUGCAGUGGAAGGUAUGACAUGUAAUUCCUGUGUCCAGACCAUUGAGCAACAGAUUGGAAAAAAGAAUGGUGUACACCAUAUUCAAGUUUCACUGGCAAAAAAAACGGCAACCAUUAUCUAUGACUCCAAACUACAGAAUCCAGGCUCACUGCGGGAAGCGAUCGAUGAUAUGGGAUUUGAGGCUUCUCUCCCCAAUCCCACCCCUCAGCCUAUCUUAACGGACACUCUGUCUCUGACUGUUACUACUUCUUCACUGGCCCCAUCAUGGGAUCAAAUCCAGAGCACAUUGCUUAAGGCCAAGGGUGUAACAGACAUUCAAAUUUCUCCUCAGCAAAGCUCAGCAACUGUGACAAUGAUCCCUUCUGUGGUGAAUGCCAAUCAGAUAAUCCAGCUGGUUCCGGGUAUCAGCUUAGAUACUGGAGCACCAGAAAAGAAGCCAGCCUCUGGUGAAGACAACAGUGUGGUUCAAGCAAACGGAGUCAUGCUGAAGAUGAAGGUGGAGGGCAUGACGUGCCAUUCAUGCACAAGCACCAUUGAAGGAAAAAUUAGUAAAUUGCAAGGUGUUCAGCGAAUUAAGGUCUCCUUGGAUAAUCAAGAAGCAUCUGUUGUGUAUCAGCCUCACCUUAUUACAGCAGAAGAAAUAAAAAAGCAAAUUGAGGCUUUGGGUUUUCCAGCAUUCAUGAAAAAACAGCCCAAAUACCUCAAGCUGGGAACCAUCGAUGUAGAACGCCUGAAGAACACAUCAGUCAAAUCCAAUGAGGAAUCGCAGCAAAAAUGUUCCAAAUCUACGAAGGGCUCAACUUCUACUUUCGUCAUAGAUGGCAUGCAUUGUCAAUCCUGCGUGUCCAAUAUCGAGAGCCACUUAGCUACACUCCCAGCUGUAAAGAGCGUGACAGUUUCUUUAGAGAACAAAUCUGCUGUGGUGAAGUAUAGUGCCAAAUUAAUCACUCCAGAUGCCCUGAGAAAAGCUAUAGAAGCCAUCUCACCAGGGAAGUAUAAAGUGAGGCUUGCAAGUGAGUGUAACAGCAACCAGAACUCUCCAACAGUCGCUUUUCUCCAGAAGCCAUGGGGCAGUGCCACUAGCCAGCCUUUGACUCAAGAAACUGUUAUAAAUAUUGACGGUAUGACUUGUAAUUCUUGUGUGCAAUCAAUAGAAGGUGUCAUAUCGAAAAAACCAGGUGUAAAAUGCAUACGCGUCUCACUUGCCAGUAGCACUGGAAUGAUUGAAUAUGACCCUUUACUGACCUCUCCAGAAAUCCUAAGGGAAGCGAUAGAAGACAUGGGAUUUGAUGCAACCUUAACAGAUUCAGAUAAUGAAACAUGCAGCAAAACAAUGAUUCCAACUUAUAGUAAAGAAGAGCCAAAACCUCCGGUCCAUGAUAAAGAGGAAUCAAAGACUCCAGCCAAAUGUUACAUCCAGGUCACUGGCAUGACUUGUGCCUCGUGUGUAGCAAACAUCGAAAGAAACCUACGCCGAGAAGAAGGGAUAUAUUCUGUGCUCGUGGCCCUGAUGGCUGGCAAGGCAGAAGUAAGAUACAAUGCUACUAUUAUACAGCCCCAAAUGAUAGCAGAAUCUAUCAGGGAACUUGGAUUUGGAGCUGUGGUGAUGGAAAAUGCUGAUGAAGGGGAUGGGGUCCUGGAACUUAUUGUGAGAGGAAUGACAUGUGCCUCCUGUGUGCAUAAAAUAGAAUCUACCCUUAUGAAAACAAGAGGAAUCUUCUACUGCUCCGUGGCCUUGGCCACCAACAAAGCACAUAUCAAAUAUGAUCCAGAGAUUAUUGGCCCUAGAGAUGUUAUCAGUACGAUACAAAACUUAGGUUUUGAAGCAUCUUUAGUCAAGAAGGAUCGCUCAGCAAGCCACCUUGACCAUAAACGAGAAAUUCAGCAGUGGAAACGAGCCUUCCUCGUGAGUCUGUUUUUCUGUAUUCCUGUGAUGGGGCUGAUGAUUUAUAUGAUGGUUAUGGACCACCAUCUUGCUAGUAUUCACCAGCAUCACAACAUAAGUGAGGAAGAAAUGGAAAGCUAUCACUCUUCAAUGUUUCUGGAGCACCAGCUCCUGCCGGGACUAUCUGUCAUGAAUUUGCUGUCCUUUUUGUUAUGUAUACCUGUUCAGUUUUUUGGAGGCUGGCACUUCUACAUCCAGGCGUAUAAAGCCCUGAAACAUAAGACCGCUAACAUGGAUGUGCUCAUCGUACUGGCGACCACCAUUGCAUUUGCUUACUCUUUGGUGAUCCUCCUGGUUGCAAUGGCCGAAAAAGCAAAAGUGAAUCCCAUUACUUUCUUUGACACCCCACCUAUGCUGUUUGUGUUCAUUGCUCUGGGACGUUGGCUGGAACACAUAGCAAAGGGGAAAACAUCUGAGGCUCUUGCAAAGCUAAUUUCACUACAAGCUACAGAAGCAACUAUUGUAACUCUAGAUUCAGACAACAUCCUCUUAAGUGAAGAACAAGUGGAUGUGGAACUUGUGCAACGAGGCGACAUUGUUCGAGUGGUUCCAGGGGGCAAAUUCCCAGUGGACGGGCGAGUUAUUGAAGGUCAUUCGAUGGUAGAUGAGUCCCUCAUCACAGGGGAAGCCAUGCCUGUAACCAAGAAGCCAGGCAGUUCAGUGAUUGCUGGCUCCAUUAACCAGAAUGGGUCCCUACUCAUCAGAGCAACCCACGUUGGAGCAGACACAACCCUCUCUCAAAUUGUCAAGCUUGUGGAGGAAGCGCAGACAUCCAAGGCUCCCAUUCAGCAGUUUGCAGACAAACUUAGUGGCUAUUUUGUUCCUUUCAUUGUUAUCAUCUCUGUUGUUACCCUCUUGGUCUGGAUCGUAAUUGGAUUUAUUAAUUUUGAAGUCGUGGAAACCUAUUUUCCUGGCUACAACAAGAGCAUCUCCCGAACUGAAGUGAUAAUUCGAUUUGCUUUCCAAGCCUCUAUCACUGUGCUGUGUAUAGCCUGCCCCUGUUCUCUGGGCUUAGCCACUCCCACUGCUGUUAUGGUGGGCACUGGGGUAGGAGCUCAGAAUGGCAUCUUGAUCAAAGGUGGAGAACCCCUUGAAAUGGCCCACAAGGUAAAGGUAGUGGUGUUUGAUAAGACUGGAACCAUAACCCAUGGAACCCCAGUAGUGAACCAGCUGAAAAUUUUAGUGGAAAGUAGCAAAAUAUCACGCAGUAAGAUCCUGGCUAUUGUGGGAACUGCUGAAAGUAACAGUGAGCACCCACUGGGAGCAGCAGUGACCAAAUACUGCAGACAGGAACUGGACACUGAAACCUUGGGUACCUGCACCGAUUUCCAAGUUGUCCCAGGCUGUGGCAUUAGCUGUAAAGUAACCAACAUUGAAGCCCUGCUCCAUAAAAGUGACUGGCAAGUCGAGGAAAAUAAUCUUAAAAAUUCAUCCUUGAUGGAACUUGAUGCAAAUGAUGGACAGCCAGGUCAUUCUUCCUUGAUUAUUGACGCCCAUUCACUCAGUACUUCGAAGUACACAGUUCUCAUUGGGAACCGUGAAUGGAUGAACAGAAAUGGUCUUGUAAUUAAUAAUGACGUGGAUAGUGCAAUGAUUGAGCAUGAGAGGAAAGGCCGGACAGCUGUCCUAGUAGCCAUUGAUGGUGUGUUGUGUGGGCUGCUAGCCAUUGCUGACACAGUGAAACCUGAAGCAGAGCUGGCUGUCCACACGCUGAAAUCGAUGGGCUUAGAAGUCGUUUUGAUGACUGGAGACAACAGUAAAACUGCUAGGUCUAUUGCCUCCCAGGUGGGCAUUAAAAAAGUUUUUGCUGAAGUCCUUCCUUCCCAUAAGGUUGCUAAGGUGAAGCAGCUGCAAGAGGAAGGGAAGCGUGUCGCAAUGGUGGGAGAUGGGAUCAAUGACUCCCCAGCACUUGCUAUGGCAAAUGUUGGAAUUGCUAUUGGCACCGGAACAGAUGUAGCCAUUGAAGCUGCUGAUGUGGUUCUAAUAAGGAAUGAUCUUCUGGAUGUGGUAGCAAGUAUUGACUUAUCAAGGAAGACCGUCAAAAGAAUUCGAAUAAAUUUUGUCUUCGCUCUGAUUUAUAAUCUGCUUGGAAUCCCAAUAGCUGCUGGUGUCUUCCUGCCCAUUGGUUUGGUUUUGCAACCCUGGAUGGGAUCAGCUGCCAUGGCUGCCUCAUCAGUUUCGGUGGUGCUUUCUUCAUUGCUUCUCAAACUUUAUAAGAAACCUACUUAUGAGAAGUAUGAACUGCGACCUCACUACCAGGUAGGCCGGAAGAGUCCUUCAGAAGUGAGCGUUCACAUCGGCCUUGAUGACAUCUCCAGAGACUCUCCCAAGCUAGGUUUGCUGGACCAGUUAAUCAAUUACAGCAGAGCAUCAAUUAACUCCUUACUCUCAGAUAAGCGUUCCCUGAACAGCAUUGUUCUGAGUGAACCAGACAAGCACUCACUGCUGGUUGGAGAUUUCCGGGAUGAUGAUGACACCUCAUUGUGAAAAAGCCCAGUCACUGCUUCUGGCCAGACCUCAUGGAUGUAAUCUGUUUUGUCAAAAUUCGUGUUGCUAGAAUUUGGAGUUGGUCUUGUGUUCUAAGACAUUUGGGGAAGGGGAUGUUUGUCUUGUGAGAGAAGUAUUUUUUUUUUUUAGCAUAUCAACUUUCAAGCUAUUUGUAUCUGGUUUCAAUGAUGUUCAGUAUAUUUUUUUUUAACCUGAGAAAGUAGAGCAGCAAUGGAGACUCACAUAAGCCUCCAAGUAUUGCUGUUAACUCACUGGUCAGAUGGUUUGGAAAUUUGAUGAGACCCCCUUCCCUUCCCCCCCCCCCAAUAAAAAACAACACAACCCAGUCCCUGUUAACAGCUUAGGAAGAAUACAUCUUUCAGGAAAUGGGCACUGAAGGGAUGUGGCUGAAAGUUGCUUUGUUGGUCGUAUAACUUGUCUCCCUGCAAUGGCAAAAAUAGUGACUCACAGCUAAAUACAAAGCUUGGGAAAUCAGGCAGGAGAGAGGAAGAAAAGCACUUGAAGCCAUUCAUGUGACACUAGUUGUGCCUUAUUGCAACUUUUCUCCAAGAAUCUUUACCUUCUGAGCUGUUAGCACCUAGCUCUUGGUGAGAUAGAGCUUUUUUCUUUCUCAAGUGAACUGGACUAGGUUGGAUUGGGUCAAGUGUGCUCGGGUUGGGUUAAUAGAACUGACAGCCCUUUUCUUUUCUUUUUUUUUUUUUUUUUUUAACUAGUUCACUCUUGCUCUCGCUUCCUGGCCCUUUGGGGUGAAGGAACCAAAAAGAUGUUGAAAGUUUUUUUGUCUCACCACACUCCCACACUUCGAUUUUUCCAAAGAUAUCAGUUAGUUCUAACUUCAAUUUUAACUUAACCCUGUACAAAUGUGAUUCAUGGAUCAUACUGAGAUCAGUUCCAAGGAGCCACUCUCAAUAAAAUCACUAUUACCAGCAUCUGUUUUAGCCUCGUCUUCACUGAAUUUUCCCACAGAUUAACAUUACCUUAUUUAAAAACAUAUAUAUGUAUAUAAAUAUAUAUAUAUAUCAUUCCUAUACCUUGAGGUUUUUAGGGAAAAGUACUCUAGUUCCUAGUAUAUAUUAGUAUUUAUCAUUUGAUAGAUUAUUAAAUAUCUUUUAGUACUUUAGGUAACCUUUCCAAGUUAUUUUAAAUGAAUGCCAAUAGCGUAAAAUUGGUUUUGUUUUAAAAAAUCAUUUUUUCUAUGAAUUAAAAUGUAGAAAUUAGUCUUUACCUAGAGUUAUACAUAUUAACAAACUGUAUACUCUUCCCCUCUAGUUUGAGAUGUUUCUACUCAAUUGUUUAAUGCAACUAGUAGAUUUAAAGGUUUCUUUCCUCUGCCAUGUGGACUUAGUAGUUCCUCUGUUACAUGGUUGGGAAAGAGGAAGUGGGUCCCAAGGUUUCCACUGGUAUAACUACUUAUGUGUCUGUUAUUUGCAGGAUCCCGUCUUUGUGGAGACUACCCGUUAGAAAUGCUUGGUUUUCUGAUCUCAUUAUUUAAAUAUCUUGAGGGAGAUCAUAUUGCUCAGGCAACCUAGUGGAACAGCCUAAAGGGGAAAUACCAUUUGCUCUUUCUCACUCCCUCUCCCCUUCCCCACACAAAACAAGAUCUCUCAAAUGUCAUUUAAUGGUAUCUUUCUGGAUUCAGAGGAAGUCUAAUUUGUAUCUUCUGAUCAAAAGACAGACACAGCUGAAACUUUCUAUGAAGGUUCUGUUAGUCUAAAAAGUCAAAUUCAUUUUAGGGAAAGAUGAAGGAGUUUGUGUGUCUCAACUCUUAUUGUAGCCUCCUCCUGAUGCUGUCUUCCAUACAUCCAGGUUUUGUUGUAAAGUUUCUUUCCCUAAUUUCAGUAGGUUUUUUUGACAUCCUUUAUUUCCAGAGAUUGCUUCUAGGGAGAAGCAGAAAAGGUGGCAUAUAUAAAAUAUUGUUUCUUACACACUCCAGAAUCAAAAUUUUUCAAAGGAAGCGAUCUCUUUCCUGAAGAGAUUUGGUCAUAGCCAAUUAUUAUUUCCAAAGCUAUCUUUGUUUAUGAAAUUCUUUUGGCACCAAUGGCUGCACUCUGGGUUGGUGGCUACAUUUGCUGUCCUGGGAAAGAACAAUUGUCAUAAUUUCAAAAUUAUGACUUUAUUAUGGGAACAGAAAACUUUUUGUUCAGGACUGUCUUGCUUUACAUCUGCAGCCACAUUUUGGUUCUCUUCCAUAGGUCUCUUCUGCAAGUCAGGGGUCCAUUGGCUUCAGAUUGGGUUGUGGAGGGAAACAAAAAUAUUGCUUACAGUUUAUAGCAAGAGUUGUAAGAACAAAUAUAUAUUCAAAAUUCAAAUGCAUUUCUAUUUGUUUCUGAUAUUUGAAAUUCUUUAUUUGUUCUAUUUCCUGCAUCCAUUCACCAGACUGUGCAUUUAGAGUCUGAGGAUAACAAGUGCCCUUUUGUAGACUGGAAUAUGAUGUGCUUCUUGUCUGAAAUGACUUGGGAGGCCUUUGGAAUUAGAGGCCUACAAUCUACCUAAUGUGUUUCGUGUUGUAGAACAGACCAAGGAAGUGUGGCUAUCUGUUGUGAAAACAAGACUGUCUUCCUCACCUCCCAUCCCAGACGAUGUAUAUUGUGACUUAGUGUAAACCUCUUAGAAAAUUAGACAUGCUGGUUUGUGAAUAAAUGAUUUUAUUUCAUAAAGUUCUUCAGUUCACAUGUACAGAAUGGUUGAAAUAGCACUAGAUGAAACGUUUCUAGUAGUAUACAUGUAUAAACUUUUCUGUACACUUUUUGUGAUGAAACAGCUUGCAAUCAAAGGGUUUAAAGUUGUUAUGGGAAAUCAAUUUUAAUUACUUGUCGUUUAAUAGCUUGUAUUAGAUUGAUUAUUUUUCUUAAUAUUUAUUUUCCUGUAUUUUGUCAUUCUCUAUAGGUGAAAAAUAUUCGUGAUUUGUUUACUCUUCAAUCCUUCAUUGGACAGUGUUGUGCAAUGCCUCUCUCUCAUAUUGUUGUGUAGCUCAUUUGCUCUAUUUUUUUUCAUAUGCAUGUAAUUGAACAUAUUUCUGCCAAGGAUGUGCCUUCAACUUUGUAAUUACAGUGUUGUCCCGA